AUGCCUCCCCCCAAUACUCCAGAGGAGGGCGAUGGGCCGCAGUUCUACGGCCCGCGAAGAACCCGUAGAGCCGAACGUCAAGCACGCUCGAGCUUUUGGACUCGACGCCGCAUUGGCGAUGGCGACGAAUGGACAAGCGAUCCGCCCUCCCGAAGCCCUACACCACCGCCCUUCGGCCGCAUAGCCCGUACAUCUGUCUCUCCUGCCGGAUCAGAUAUCACAACUGUAUCAAUCCCCGAAGCCCGGCAGCCGGCCGUGGCCGAGGUUGUUCAGGUUGAUUGGCAAGCUUUGGAGUACGUUGGCACCGUUGACGAGAACCUUCUCUGCCCCAUCUGCAAGACCCCCUUCCUCAAUCCUCACACUACCAAAGCGUGCGGUCACACUUUCUGUAAAGACUGUCUUGGGCAUGCUCUCGAGCUACGCUCUGCAUGCCCGAUCUGCCGCACAAACUUCUCACAACGACACACCGUUGAGGUCCCCUGCCCCCGAAUCGUUCACGCUCAACUCGAUAAGCUCGAAGUCAAAUGCCCGAAUCGACUUUGCAAGUGGAAGGGAAUCCGAUCAUUGGUGGAGCAUCAUAUUCGCCAGCAAUGCGAGUAUACACUUGUGGCUUGUCCCGAUAGAGAGUGUUCCAAGAAGAUUAUUCGACUGGACGCCGACAAGGACUGCAUGCACUACACUGGACCGUGCAUCUACUGCAAGGACAUCAUCGAAAUGGCACAGCUGGAACUGCAUUAUGAGACAGUCUGCCGUGGCCACACCGGCAAGUGUGAGUUCUGUGGCAACAAUGUGGUUCGCCAUAAGAAGGAGGCCCACGAGCAAGACUGCCAGAAUCGGGAGGCUGCCUGUGCAUUUGCUCCUGCGGGUUGCACAUUCAAGGGCAAAGGCAUCGAGCUUCCUGCGCAUGAGGCAAAUUGCGGGUUUGGCGUGUUUAUGCGCCUAGAGCAACGUCAUAAGGAUGAGAUGGACAAGGCGAAAGACCGUAUGGAGCAGCAGAUGGAGCAGGUAUUGCAGCGCAAGGAGCAGCAGAUCAAGGCACAACUCGAUCACAAUAUAACGAAUAUGCUACGAGCUGUCGAGGACUCAGUUGUUCAGCACAUUACCGAGCGCAUCGAACAGCGCUUUCCGCAUCUCAAUCUUGCCGCCCCGGUUGGCGCUGGUCGAUCUACCUUGCCUUCCGGUCUAGACGGCCCCAAGGAUGCCUCUUCAUCCCAAUCGGCUGCAGAAGGUCAUUGCCAGCGCUGCGAUGCUAGGGACGAGUACAUGUUCUCUAUGUUCGCAGAUGUAGAGUCUCGCAUCAACAAUCUUGCGAAGGCUAUGCAGGACCAGGAUGCGCGUCACAGCGUCAUGCUUUUCAAUGAGGUCCUUCCCCUCAAAGAGUCACUCACAGAGGCUAGAAGCCAGCAUGGAGUUGUAAGCAUGCAUGUUCGCUGGCUCAUGGACAUCCAGCGCCAGAAACGUGCCCUUGAUCGACAGACUCUCAACGGCGUCGCUGCAGCUGCGGCCGCCGUGGCAAGCACUCUCCCAAGUGGCAGCAAUAACCGCCCUAGUGAUGGGAUGACUGGACAGGCCAGCGCUGAAGCCCCACAGCCACAGCGACGCAUGAGCGAUCGCACCAAUCCACCACGUCUCUAA